AUGUUUCUCCCCAAACGAUCUUUGUUCAAGGGCAGCGCUAAACCUCAUAUACCUCAAACCAAGGUGCAUUAUGAAUAUUCUAUAUCCCCAAAUACGUACUCAUUCAAAGUGCCGUCUUCAAAGAAGACUUUGAAUCCCAUCCAAAUGAUAUAUAAAAAUGCAGUGAAUUUCCCAUUUGAAAAAUCAAUAAAUGAAGUGUACCAGUCUUAUCCGACUUUAAGCUCUGCACAACAACUCAAUAGAAAAGAGAGGCCAAGAGGAGUUAUCAUGAGUACUUCCGACUUUAUAGAAGAUCUGUUGUAUAACAAACACUAUGGGUAUUUCCUGAAAGAGGUGGAAAUUUAUCAUCCAGAAAAACCAUUCAACUAUUCACAAGUCAACAAUGUUGAUGAAUUUGUUAAAAUCUGGUCCAAAUCUUAUGAAAAGAGUAAAUCCUUAUGGCAUACGCCUACUGAAUUGUUUAGUCCUCAUUAUGGAGAAAGCUUGGCCAGAUACAUCCUUAUUACUUACAAGUUGGGAAUUUAUCCUUACGAGGAUUUGGUGAUUUACGAAAUGGGUGGAGGUAACGGGACUCUAAUGUGUGAUAUACUAAGCUACAUCAAGAAGCACGAGCCUGAGAUUUAUGAAAACACGCAGUACAAUAUCAUUGAAAUUUCAAGUCAGUUGGCAAAGAAGCAAGAAAAUUCAUAUAGAAAAAAGUUGAAGGGUCAAGGGUUGAGUGCAGAUAAAUUAUCGAUUUUCAACAAAUCCAUAUUUGAUUGGGAAACGGUUGUUGAAGAACCGUGCUUUUUUAUUGCAUUAGAGGUGUUUGAUAAUUUUGCACAUGAUGUUAUAAAAUAUGACAUGAACACUGGAGAGCCAUUCGAAGGGAAGGUGUUGAUUGAUAAGCAAGGAGAUUUCUACCAGUUUUUCACGCAGGAGCUAAGUCAAUACUCAACUGCAUACUUGAAUCUUCGUGAAAAUGGGAAUUUCUCCAUUUUGGAUUAUUCCAAUAGCCUUCGAGGUAAACUUGAUAAAUUCAAGUUUAACAAAACGCUACAUCCGCUUCUUGAAUCAUCCAUCAGACUAAAGAUAAAGAACCAGAUACUUCCCUUUAACGAUUAUCUCUCCAAUCCAGAGUAUAUUCCUACAAGAUUGGUCAAGUUUUUCAACAUUCUUAAGCACAAAUUUCCUAACCAUUCCUUGAUCAGUUCUGACUUUCAUUACUUACCAAAUACCAUUAAUGGAUACAAUGGACCGGUUGUUCAAACUGUCAUUAACGGCGAAACCAUAGACGUGAGAACAUACAUGGUGCAACAGGGAUACUUUGACAUUAUGUUUGCUACAAACUUUGAAUUAGCAAGUGAUUUGUACCGACAAAUCACUGGAAAAGUCUCAAAAACCAGCACACAUAAAAAGUUUCUCGAGGAAUGGGCAGAUGUAGAGGCGACAACAACAAGAAAUGGUGAGAAUCCAAUGUUGGACUUCUACAGAAAUGCUAGCUUUCUAACUAGCUAA